AAAUGUCAUUAUUGUGUUAAAUCGAUUUUUAGGUUUGGAUUUGACACACACCACAAAACACGAAAUAAAACUCAAAAACUCCGAUAUUCGCAGCGAAGAAGGCUGCUUAUAUUGAAAUUAUCAAAUAAAGUUCAAAUCGCCUCAAAAUGACGCAAGGAAAAGUAGUUUUAAUGGCUUGCGGCAGUUUCAGCCCUCCAACCUACAUGCACUUGCGAAUGUUCGAAAUAGCGAGAGACCACAUAAACUCCUCGGGAAUGGAGACAGUGGUUGGAGGGAUCAUGUCUCCCGUACAUGAUGCCUAUGGGAAGAAAGACCUAGUCACUGCUAAUCAUAGGAUAGCGAUGCUGAAGCUGGCUCUCAAGUCCUCGGACUGGAUCAAGGUGUCGGAGUGGGAGACCAGGCAGUCGGGCUGGACCAGGACCCGGCUGUCGCUGGCCUACCAUCAGGAUGCCCUCAACAAUUACAGCCUCUACCAGAACAACUCUGAAGGCUGUAUGUCGUGGAUGCCGGAUGAUAUCCUCAAUGUUAAUAACAUGAAUGGUCUCGACGAGCCAGACAACUACCAGUCCCUAAACGGCAACCCCCCGUCCCCGGACGCGCGGGGGGCGCGGGGGGCGCGGGGGGUCGCCGUGCGGCUGCUCUGCGGCGCCGACCUGCUGGAGAGCUCCGCGACCCCCGGCCUGUGGGCCGACGACGAUAUAGAGGCGAUAGUCGGUCGGCACGGGUUAGUCGUCAUCACUCGUAGUGGCAGCAACCCAGACAAGUUUAUCUACGACUCGGAUCUCCUCUACAAACAUAGGCGCAACAUAACCCUAAUAACCAACCACAUCCCCAACGAGGUCAGCUCAACUGUCCUACGCCGGCUCGUGCGCCGCGGCCACAGCGCGCGCUACCUGACCGCCGACCCCGUGCUCGAGUACAUCCGAGUACACGCGCUGUACUCACCGCCGCCGACCCACACUGAGUACAAUCUACUACACGACAUGAUCGCUAAAUACGACCAAAAGUUACCCCAAGACACCAUCAUGACGUCUCCAGAAGAAGCCAACUUCAAAAACAUACUCAUAUCCAUCAGAGACAAACCCCACAUCGUAGAUGAGACCAUAACGGUCAAGAAACCACGUAAAACUCACUAUCUUCUACCCUACACACAUACAGACUUCGUCAGCCCUAUUGAUAGCAAGCCGAAACAGGCUUUUAUUGAUAAAGUCCCGGCCACAUACGUCCCCGGGAAAGCAGUGAAGAUUGUGAGCGAAAAAUCGCACGACGAAAAGGUGAGUUUCGCCGAAAGCACGUAUUCGUCUUUGGACAGCUAUUUGUCGGCGAAAGACGAUGUCGAUGCCGAAUUGUACAAGCGUAGGGUGAGCGAGGGUAAUGUGGACGCGGCCGUUCCAAAAGACACGAUAAAAAAACGCUGUUCGUCAUCAACUAUUAAGAAACUCACGGGUAAAAAGAAUGAGAAUAUCAAAAAGUCACGGUCGGAAGUGAGUAAGUUGUGCGAAAAGAUGAGGAAUGCUAAGUUGAGAGAGAAGGAUGGCAGGAAUUAUAAGACGCGUAGUUGCAAUGACAUUGUCAGGUUGGUGCUGACGAAGCAUGGCAUACAUGUCAUUAGCGAUACCGAGGCUAUAGUUUAAAGCUUAAAGCCUAAUGUAAAGGUUUUAAUUUCGAAACUUCUCUGGGUUUGUCGCGCAAAUCUAUACACAAAAGAGAUAAAAACACUUAUUCAAAAUAGAAUGCAAACGAUAAGAAUCUUAUCAUAAGAUAUAAUAUAACAUAAAAGUAAAAGGGCCGAUUUGACCACUUACCGACACGUGGGCAGUCUGAUAUAAAAUUAAUCUAAAAUAGUAAUAAUCUUUUUGUGCUUUCGGGUUGUUCAUAGAGCAAAUUUCCUCGUAAAUUGGCGAAUAACGAUUAAAUAUAAACUUAUCUAGAUGAGCCAACUGACGGUCGUAUAAAUACUUAUAUAAUUUCAGUAUUACAAAA